CAGGCCAGUCACUCACGAGACGCAGAGAGGUGUGCACGCUUUACUCGUCGCUCUCCAUCUCCCUUACGAGAGACAAAGACUCAAGUGAGACCGAAGCAAGUUUCAACAUGGCACAUUUAAAAGUUCUCACCCCCGUGGAUUCCAACCUUAGUGACCUCCUCGGCCCUCUCCCUACUGAAGAAGGUCUGUUGGAUGAAAUAGAAGACCCUGUGGAGACGAGUGCCUGGAUGGUGCUGAGGAGAAGGGUGGAGGAGGAAGUAAGGCAGAACACACAUAACAGCAUUGUGUUCCCGCCUCUCCUUCUCGAUCAAGUGGCAGAACACGUGCUGGACUUGGCCAAAGAUGAGCCCUGCGGUUUGAGAGGUUGUGUGUUGUUUGUAGUCUACGAAGAUCCGGAACUGGGCGAACUGCAGUUGGCUAAGAUGAAGGCUGACAAGAAUAUGCCCUCCACUCACCUCCUGGUUCUAAAACUCAAGGCAGAUCCCACCUCCUGGUUCACCAAAAUGGCCAGAAUCUUCAGGUCACUUGGCAAGAGGAAGAUGGUGGUGUCUCCGAGAUACGAGCUGCUAAAAAAGAACUUCUACGAUGACCCCCAAGUUCUGAUGGUGCAGUAGUGGCGUGGCAGCAGUCGAAGGAGAGAGAAUUAAAGGAAGAGACGAGAGGCGAAGAGAGGAAAGGAGAAAAAAAAAAGGAGGAAAGCCAGAAAGGAUUGCAUAGAAGAGAUGAAAAGGAAAAAAGGGCCAGAAAUGAAGAUAAAAACGAGGAUUACAGAGAAGAGGAGAAGAAUAGGGGCAGAAACGAAGAUAAGAAAGAGGAUUGCGAGACAGAAGCCCAAGAGAAACGAAGAGGGAGUGAGGAAUGGAGGAAGAAACACGUAAUAAUCUUUCCCUUUUUGGAGGAAAGGAAUGAAGAGAAGAAAGGAAGAAAGGACCUCCUCUAAAGUUUUGGCAAGAGAAGAUUUCCUUUUUUGGGUGAAUAUGAAGAAGAAGGAGGAAAAGGUGGAGAAACGAGUAUUCAAGUGGAGGUAGCUAUCUCCACUUCUGCCUCCACUACCAGUCACCGAAGUUUCUCCACCCCUUCACCACUCCUCUAACCCCCACCCCCACACCUGCCUCGCCUCUCACUCUCCUGCACACCUGAAUGUACAAGCUUUCUGCAUUACUCUUCGCGCAGCAGUGGUCACCCUCAUCACCACUCAUUUUUUUUUUUUAUAUCACUGUUAUGUAUUUAUUUUUACCCCCACAUCAUCAUCAUCAUCACCAUCAUCAUCAUAUCAUUCCAAUCAUAUUAUUUUUUCUUAUCCAUUAUUAUUUUCUCGACGUUAUGUUCUUGUUGACAUUUUCCUGACUCCAGAGGUUGCUUGCAGUGUUUGUAAUUCGGCGCUGCAAUGUUUUGGUAUAUCAUUCACUCAGUCCACGGUCACUCGUCCUUAGGGUUACUCAAGGAACUCUGAUAAGGAUCUCUUUUUAUCCUUUAGUCCAUAAGGAGGAUGCGGGCAGGACUCUUGUGUGUGUCGCCCGCAGGAAUCAAAGUAUUGUAUCACCCAACAAUGAAAAAUGGAGAAAAAAAUGUGUAAACUUUAAAUAAUAAUGAAAAGUUGAUGUAUUUCACUAGAGUUGGCUAGAAACGUUGCUAGUGAAGACAAGUACAUCAGUAGGUCAUAAGCACCAUGUCUUUUGCUACAUACUACAGUAACAUAUAAGGAAAUGUGAUGCGCAUGUGUGAUCCGGAUUCAAAAAAACACUUAACGGCUAUUCUCACCGCCUCUUACUUCCAAGGGCUCUAGAGUUGAAGCCACACGGGUACCUGAGUGUUUUACCCCGGUUCUAGUGACCCAACAAGAUUUCUACACUAUUAACAGCUGAAACACUCAUAAGAACCCGGGCUAUCUUCUCUGUGGCCCUUGAGAAUAGUGGCGGUGAGAGAGCGAAGUGUCUGAGUACGGGCCUAUGUUUGUGUGGCUGUCCUCGCCCCGCGCUCCUGGUACUCUCAUGCAGUCCCCGGGGGCCGCUGGUGGUGGGGGACAAGCCCAGCUCCACGGGUUGCUAGUCGGCACAAUCGCCCCUUUGUGAUAAAAGCUGAACUUGUGAUAUUUUUGUAUCUGAAUAAACGUACAAAGAUUUUACCUAAAAGGA